AUGAGUACAUUUUCUCGUGAUUUAUUGCGGCUUUGCUUUCACUUAAACGCGUCCUCCGUGUUCUGGCCUUUCCCUCGCUUUCGCUUUUUAGGAUUUCUCGAAACCACUUUUUUUCACCCCCCCGAUCCUAGCAAAUAUCCUUCUAUCUCACACCCCACCCACACCCACCCUGCACAUAACACUAACUGGACACUAUACCUAUCUGUCUACCUCACUUAACUGACUUGCCUACAAUUACCUCCUGCUUUCCUACAUUACCGAUAUCUUCCACUUACCCAUAUCUUUCCGUCCGCCUCCUCCCCUCCCUACUCCACCUUCCCCGCCUCUUACUUUUCCUUUAACCCCCCCCCCUUCCCGAGUACCCCCAACAUCU